UCGGCUGCUCUUUCCCGUGUCGUCGCCUUCCACCACCAGAGGCCGCUGUCCGCGCUGUUUUAGUGGCCACGCAGCGGCACGCAGGUCUGCCCUGGUCCCACGCAGCGGUGUUGGGACCUCCGCGUCUUAUUUCACGGCUGACCGCCCGCCUGAGAGCUUCAUUCAUACCUGCUGAGUGUCCCCCUUCCAUCUGGGCUUCCAUCCGUCCAGCAGAGCACACCAGACGCAACUUUUACACCUUCCCUUCUUUCUUCUUCAUUCCGGGAGAUCAUUUCUGCCUUCAGCUGGAAUUGGUCAGGAAAUGGUUGCAGUGGGCGGAUACAGAAAAAGGCAAAGACAGGAAUGAUGUUGGCAAGGGCUAAGUGGUGUUCCCCGAGUAUUGCUGCUGCGUGGGAGAAAUGCUGUGUCUGACCCACUGCACUAAGAUCUUUCAACUAUCACAGCUAACUGAACAUUCCACUUGAAGCAAUCAAAGUUGCAAACGGCCGAUUAUCUGAACCUCACCAGCAAUUUUCAGACGCUGCCUCCUCCUGUGUGGACAAGAAGAUGGACGGUUGACCUCCCAGCUCACUGAGCAUCACAAUCAUGGCCAAAAGUCCGGAGGUGAAACUCGCCGUCUUCGGCCGAGCAGGAGUCGGCAAAUCAGCGUUGGUGGUGAGGUUUCUGACCCGACGCUUCAUCUGGGAGUACGACCCCACGCUCGAAUCCACCUAUCGCCACCAAGCCAGUAUUGACGAUGAGGUUGUCGCCAUGGAGAUACUGGACACAGCCGGCCAGGAGGACCACCAGCAGAGGGAAGGCCACAUGCGCUGGGGCGACGGCUUCGUCAUCGUCUACGACAUCACGGACCGCGGCAGCUUCCAGGACGUGGCGCCGCUCCGGAGUCUCCUGGAGGAGGUCAAGAAGCCCAAGAACGCGCCUCUGGUGCUGGUGGGCAACAAGUCGGACCUGGAGCACGCCCGGCAGGUGAGCACCGAGGAGGGCGAGCGCCUGGCGGCCGAGAUGGCGUGCGCCUUCUACGAGUGCUCGGCGUGCGCCGACCAGGGCGGCGGCGUGGCCGAGGCCUUCCACGAGCUGUGCCGCGAGGUGAGGCGGCGCAAGGCGGUGCAGGGCAAGGCCAGGCGGCGCAGCUCCACCACGCACGUCAAGCAGGCCAUCAACAAGAUGCUGACCAAGAUCAGCAGCUAGGGGGCGCUCUCCGACACUUCUCAUGUACAGCAAAUGUCAUCUUCUUCAUCCCAGGGACACAAACUCCUGAUGAAUAAUCUUCCUGGAUUUAUUCCUGGAAGCGGGCGACAUGUGACAUCUUUCAUCCGUCUCCAUUUGACCCAACAAAUGGGUCGCCAGGACAUCAUUAGGAUGGAGCAUUCAUGACGACAAACACCAAGAUCGGUGGUUUGUUGUCUGUAUCAGAUCUGUAUGGAGUAAAUAUAUCAUAUAAUAAACUCUGUGUGUGUGUGUGUGUGUGUGUGUGUGUGUGUAUGUGUGUGUGCAUCGAGUAAACCAGGGGUGAAAAAAUGAAAGCAUUCGGGGGUCAUUUUGGUAUUUUUCCAUUUCCAAAACCAAUACAAUGUAUUCCCUACACUUUGAACCCUGUGGCUUAUAAAACGGUGCGGCUAAUUUAUAGAUUUAUUUUUUUUCCGCCUACGGCCAUAAUGCAAAUAUUUAAAAAAAACAACCUGUUUGCUACGGCGCCAUUUUUUUGGACGAGUUGGUAUUACGUCUCCAUUUGACCCAAUAAAUGGGUCGCCAGGACAUCAUUGGGAUGGAGCGUUAAUGACAACAAACACCGAGAUUGGUGGUUUGCUGUCUGUAUCAGAUCUGUUUGGAGUGUGUGUGUGUGUGUGUGUGUGUGCGCGUGUGUGUGUGCGUGUAUGUGUGUGUGUGUCAAGUAAACCAGGGGUGAAAAAUGAAAGCAUUCAUUUCAAAGCAUUUUUUUGGUAUUUUUCAUUUCCAAAACCAAUACAAUGUAUUUCCUACGCUUUGAACACUGCGGCUUAUAAAGCGGUGCAGAUAAUUUAUAGAUUUUUUUCCCCGCCAUAUUGCAAAUAGUUAAAAAAAAUAAAAUAAAAGUUAUGGUUUGUGCUACGGCGCCAUCUUUUGGACGAGUUGGUAUUACGUCUCCAUUUGACCCAAUAAAUGGGUCGCCAGGACAUCAUUGUGAUGGAGCGUUAAUGACAACAAACACCAAGAUUGGUGGUUUGCUGUCUGUAUCUGGUCUGUUUGGAGUGUGUGUGUGUGUGUGUGUGUGUGUGUGUGUGUGUGUGUGUGUGUGUGCGUG